AUUGACUAAAAUCACCCGUCUUUUGAUUAGUUUAUCCUGAAGUUAAUCUACAAAACACGUGGGUUUUCUCGUUUCUCUUGAUGUGAGCGAUAACGGAAUUUAAUCAAAGCACUGCGUCAGAAAACAAUAAUCUAACUAAAUGCUGUUUUUUCCAAAACUAGACACAAAGUUGGAUUUUUAUCCGAAUCGCGUUGACGUUUUUCCAUCACGGACCGUUAUUGCUUCGUAAAAGAGUCGUUGAAUCAAAGGAACUCUGUUCGUCGCUAGCACAGUAACUACAUGGUGCCUUGGAUUUCCGACUAACGCGGCCAAUCACCAAGAAGCUAACGCUAGCUAACGUCAAGAGAUUCACGUUAGCAAACAUCGGAGCCUCCUUAUGGUUUACGUACCACCAUAAUACUAAGGAUCAACACAGAGACUACGGAGUAGCUGCGGUGGGCAACUCAGUGGACAGAGGCAACAGAGCAGGCAGGACUUAGGAUGCCUCUCUUCUUCAGAAAGAAGAAACCCAGCGAGGACUCCCAGAAGAGACUGGAAUAUCAGCUUUGCUUGUCUAAGGAGGCAGGAGCUGAUGACACCCUGGACAUCUCAUCAUGCGAGCUCUCAGAGGUUUCUUCGAGUGUCUUUUCUAUUUGCAAAGUUCUACAGAAGAAGGUUCUGAUCCUUCAUAACAAUGAACUGAGAUCUCUGCUGCCCAAAGGAUGCGACAUCUGCACUCUUGCCACUUUGAAGGUUCUGGAUCUGCAUGAUAAUAGGCUUACCUCACUCCCAGAAGACAUUGGGAAGCUAGUGACCCUGCAGAUUUUGAAUGUGGAGAAGAAUCUUUUGAAGGCUCUGCCAGACUCCAUUGGGGAUCUGAAGCUUUUGCAGACACUUAAUUUGAAGGGCAACUGUCUCAGUGCGCUGCCGUCGACAGUUGGCUCUUUGAGCAGCCUGCGCACGCUGGACUUCAGCGACAACAGCAUUGUCCAGAUCCCCAAAGAGCUGGCCUACAUCCGCACCCUUGAGAGCCUUACGCUUGACGCCGCAGUGAUGUCCUACCCACCUGCAUCUGUGUGCACAGAGGGCACAGAAAGCAUCCAGCGCUUUCUCUGUGCAGAGCUGGGAGAGGAAUACUGCCCCCCGUCCCAGUACCUCUUACCAGUCCUGGAGAAUGACUCAAACUCUAGCAAACAGAGCUCUGAUUGCUUCGAUGGCUUGGAGGAGAUGUGGCAGAACAAAUUCAGUAACUACGAAAAGAGAAAGGAGCAGAAGCAGCAGGAGAAACUUGCCUUUGAGCGGCAUCUGGAGAUGAAGCAAAGGGAACACACACAUCUUCUACUCAUGAAUAACUCUCGCAAGGAAAACAUUCUGAACUCAGUUCGACAGGAGCAGGAACGUUUGGAGCAGGGUGUCACACAGCAGCAGAAAGCUCAGGAGACAGAGAGGAUACAGAUUCUAGAAAAAAUCCGAAAAGCUGAAGACAGCAUCAGUAAUCGUAUCAGCAACAUGCUAAUGGACAACAACAGGCAAGCAAAGACUGCAGAGUUUGUUCAAGCCAUGGAGGAAGAUCGGAUUCGUAUGGAGCAGCUAACAGCUAUCACACAUGAGGAGGCCAGUUCACUGAGGCAAAGGGAGGUGGCAGCGGCCAUGCAGCGCAUGCUGUCAGACAGCUGUUUUAUGAACCUCCUUCAGGAGGCCAGUGACUGCCGCAGACGGAACCUGGUCUCUGAGGCCUGCCGAAGCAUGGAGAAUAUGGACAGGAAGUUUGAGAAGGUGCUGUCCCUCCAGGUUCUGGACAAAUCUAAAGCCAUUACUCAAAUCCUACAGGAGGAGGAGAUGCAGAAAGCAGCGUUCCAGGCUCUGCAGCUGCAGAAGGAUGCUGUUCACGGCUACAUUCGCAAUCAGAUCAAGCUUAUAGAGGCUGAAUUAAUGCAGUUGACUAAACUGGAGAUUAAAAGACGGAGUCUGGAUACUGAGAACCUGCAGCAGGAGUUUUUGGUGGAGCAGCGCACAGCUUUGGGCGACUUGUUGCAGCAGCUGCUGAAGCAGAGGGACCAGAGAGAAGUGGAGCUGCGGCAGAUUCUGGUGGAGUUGGAGCUCAAGUCAGAAUCCAACCAGCAGAACUACUGGAUGAUCCAGUACCAGAGACUACUGGAUGCCAAGCCCUUGUCGCUGCGCAUGCAGGAAGCAGGCGUUGAGAAGGAGUUGGUCAAUCUGAUGUGUAAGAUGUCUGCUCAGCACUACCUGCCCAUCUUUGCCCAUCAUCGAGUGACGACUGAGGCUCUUCGCCACAUGACGUCCUCUGACCUCAAGAAGCUCGGCAUUAAUGAAAUAGGAAUCCAGAAGGCUCUUCUGAACUGGGCUCAGAAUCAUCAUCCUGAAGGGGCCUGUAAGGUUGUGCCACAGGACGAUGCACCAGAGUUCUUCCCCACAACUCCACCCCCUUCCUCCCCCCUGUUCUUCUCCAAUACUUUGACCAUCCAGAAUCCUAGCCCACCACUCACCCCCGGGACCCCUGUCACUCCCUCAGCACCCAGUCCUGUGGAGGGACCAGGACGCUCUGAAUGUGUGGUCUGCAUGGAAACUGGGUCUCAGAUCAUCUUCCUGCCCUGCGGCCAUGUCUGCUGCUGCCAGGUCUGCAGCAACGCUCUGCAGAACUGUCCUCUGUGCCGCAGUACCAUAUCCCAGCGCAUCCAUCUCUUCUACAGCUAGAAGCAGCUGUUCCGCUGUCUGUCACUGACUGUCACAGUCCGUAUUUAUGCAUGGUCACAAAGCUGCUGUGAACUAAUUUCAAAGAUAGAAAAGCUUUUAGCUGGUUUUAAAACCUGAGCUUAUAUUGGUAUUAAAUCAAAAUGUACCUUGAUGCGUAUAUUGACAAAAUGUACUGAAAGAAUGGUUCACUUUUAUAUUUAAUCCUUGUGUUUAAUUCGAUUAUUUGCUUUUGUCUUGUAUUAAGAACUGUUUCUUUGCCUUAGAUUUAUCUUUUCAAUGAUUGUGUGCCUUUUUCAUUAAUAUUUGUUCCCAUUGUCCCUGUCCUCAACCAAACACCCACCCAGUUUUAUCUAAAACUAAAACACAUACACCAAGUAUCGUACUUUGUUACUCUUAACUAAGGAAACACCCUGCAGUACCUUGUCCUGCUUCUUACUGUUCUUUAAAGAAAGAUUUAUUUUAUGUUAAAUACUGUAAAUCAUAAAGACAUUAGAGGAAACAAUUUCAAUAAUUAUAAAUUAUUAGAAUUUGUUUUUCUAUUUAGAAUAACACAUGCCAGUAAUAAUAAUGUAUACAGAUUUGCACUUUAGACUAAAUAAAACAAAAAUAAUAAGAAUAAUAAUAAUGCAGUGGAUGAACUUAAAUAGGUUGUGAACAAACUCAAAACGUUACAUCCAGAUAUUAUAGUUUGAUUGCGUAAUUCCAUCAGUCGGAGGAGAUGAUGUGUGUGUCAAGAUGCAUCAACAAACAGCUGGGUUAAAAAACAUCAUGAUACUUGAAGGUGCAUCAUCAGCCAACAUUUUUUAUUUAAGGAACAAACUGGUUAUUAGAAAACUAAUUUGGAAUUCUGUUUGACCACAGCUGAAUAUGUAUGUUUUACUCCAUCUGAGGGACAUUUUGUACAUUAGUUUGUCCCAAAAUCUGGAAACGAUUCACUGGUGCUUACUUUUGAACAUAAUGCAGUUUUUUUAAGAAAAACAAUGUUUCAUGUUGACAUUGGUUUAGGUUCUACAAAUCUUUAAAACAUAAUGCAGUUAAUUACAAAGAACACACACAUACACAAACCAACUGCCUAAUAAAGUCAAGUGGGAUCUAUUCAGGGCUUUUCCAGGACCCGGUCAGUUGAAAUCCAGUCUCUGACUUGCUUCAACCUCUUUUCCCAAAUCCUUGUCUAUUGAGUCCUACUGUAUAUUCCUGUUGCUAUAUGAGUUACAUAUUAUAUGUUGAAUUCAUUUGUAUCUUCGAUCAGUGUUUAAGUUAUGCUUCCUAAGUGCUCUUAAAACUGUCAUCUCAGCAUGUGUUAGGGCUUAGAAUUUACAUUACUGGAUAUUUGUUUUUUUUAACCCUCUGGGACUGGGACUUUUAUGCACUUUGUGUUUUAAUGUUUUAGUUAGUUUUGGAUGUUUGUUUCUGUGUGUUUGUGUUUUGUUCUUACAUUUUGACAAAAUAAUGUAUUUUUGUUAUCUUUUUUGUUCUUAUUUCCAUGUUUUUGUCUUGAAAUGUCUAAGUUUAAAACGUUCCCCUUGUUAUGACGUUAUGUUGACUAUAUUUUGUGUUCUUUCCCCUUGAUGACGCCCCCCCCCCCAAACCACUUUUUAAUGGAUGUGUGGAUGUAGCUCAUAAGGUCAUGGUGUCACGCAAAGGACAAGUGCUUUAAAAGUGCUUCUGCGUUGUUCACUGCUUCAUUCUUUGCACUCUGCAGUGUUUGUUUGUGAGGGGGCAUCAUGACAAAAACCUGGUAUUUUAGGCAUUAAAUUGAUUAAAUAUUUCAUAUGUUUGAAGAAUUAACUCAUAAUUCAUACUUUUUACAACUUUAGUUCUAAAAAGCUCAUAUGGGCCGAGCAUUUCAAAUGUAAAGGAUAUCAAAAGGCUCCCUGACGUGUUAAAUGUGGUGUGUGUGGGAGGCUAUAUCUAUAAUAGAUAAUGUAAUAUUCACUGCAUACUGUAUACUGUAUAUGGGUCAUUUUCCUGUACUCACUUCGAGACUAAUGUGAAAUCUUUUGUGCAGCUGAGGAAAGGGGAUAUUAAAGGUGUCAUCAUGCUGCUGCUGUAA